GGGGCCGUGGGGACUGCCAUUUAUAGUUUUACAGCCAGCCGGACGGACGAGCUUUGAAGGUAGAUCCAUGGAGGCUGGUGGAAAACAGGGGAUCAAUACCAGACACAAGGCAUUUAUAGCCUGGCUUUGGAAGCGAACGGGAGAGAGAAUUGCCGGAUUUUCAUGAAGAAAUCCCGGUCACCAAAUUCCAAUCUGAUUUCUCCUUUUGUAUGCGCGUCUUUUCAUCCAUUUGCCGUCUGUAAGUAGAGUGGUGGUGUGUUCUGGGUCCUCCUGGGCCCCGGUGCCUGCCUUCUAUGUCCGCCACUUAGCCCCCAGCUUCCAAUUGAGAGCGACACAGAGCUAGGAUCGCCUAUAUAUUGACCUUUAGCGUAUUCCAGGUACUAGGAGCCGCCAUUAAGGCGCAGGUGCCCCCAGUAGGUUCAGAAAACAUGUUGACGAAAAUGAGCAUGAGUGUGAGCAUGAGUGUGAGCAUGAGCCCCGAGGGUUUGCUCAGGGCCGGGGCUAGCUCCCGUGUCGAGAAACUCCUCGGGAGCCUUCCCCACAAUAAUAUUUCUAAUCCUGCUCCUUCCGAGGCAGGGGAUUUGAACGAGCUUAGGGAGGAGGAUGUGUGGGAAGCGUGGGUCGAGGGUUCGAAUCCCGUGCACGAAUCAACUGUCAAGGAGGAAAUAUCGCGUCACAAGACGGAUGGUGGGGUCGGGAGUGGCGGUGGAGGAGGAAAGCUGCAGCUGCAGCAACAGCAGCCGCAGCCGCAGCCGCAGCCGCCUCCGCCGCAGCAGCGCUGGUUAGGGUUUGAAACAGGGGGCCUCUCUGUUGCCUUUGAGGACUCUGCCGUCCGAUCGAGGUUUUCUCCCCUUACCAGAACCUCGAAAUCUUUUAAAAUGGCUUCACCUUCGGCAAGCCGAAGCAUGUCUGUUAGAAUUGCAGAUAAUGGUAGCAGGCACAUGCUUAUGCACCAGUCCGCUCCUGUGAAUGUCCCUGACUGGAGCAAGAUUUUGGGAAUUGAUCACCGGAAAGAUAAUCCGAAUGGUUUCCCGGCCGCCGGCGAUGAGGACGAAGACGAAGGGGAUGAUAAGCUUCCCCCGCAUGAGUAUCUGGCCCGCGAGCAGGCUCGCAGCCAGAUGACUACGACUUCGGUCUUUCAUGGCGUCGGGAGGACUUUAAAGGGCAGAGAUAUGAGCCGAGUUCGAAACGCGGUCUGGAGACAGACCGGCUUUCUCGGUUAAAUUUCUUCCUUUCCUUUCCACUCCUCAUCUCUCUUCUCUUCUUGUGCACCGUGAGUUGGCUUGCUGUUAUGGCCAACUAGUGCUCAACUUUCUGUAUUAAUUUGUCAUAUUUAUCGUAUUCAAUUUCAAUUGCUUUGGAGAACCAGAA